AUGCUCCUGGAAAACUGCCGGCUCGCCAGGAAGUGUGAGCUACGUGGCAGCCGCGUCAAGUCGCAGGGAAGAACACUUCUUGGCGAAGUUUUGACGCCAGAGGUCGACAACUGUCCAACCAUGGCCGCUAGGUGGCAGCAUAUAGAAACGGAGCAGAAGAAGAGGUCGACAACAGGCAGUAGAAGAAGACAGGAGUCAACAUUGGCCCAGGAGAAGAGCAUGGCGGCGCUAGAGUUACUGAGUAAAGCAGAGUUAUUAAAACAAGGAGCGGAAGCCCGGGUGUACCGCGCAGAGUUUCUGGGAAAGCCAACGAUAGUGAAAGAAAGGUUCCCGAAACUCUACAGACACCCCGCUUUGGACGAAAAGCUGACACAGCGCAGAACGGUGCAGGAGGUCCGCUCCAUACUGCGCUGCCGGAGGGCAGGAAUAUCUGCCCCUGUAGUCUACUUUGUGGACUACACCUCGCACUGUAUUUUCUUGGAGGAAAUCGUGGGUUCCUCGACUGUGCGAGACCACAUUGCAUCCACUCAGCAGUCUGAUUCCUGUAAGGACCAGGAGCUGGAGUGGCUGGCUCAGCGGGUGGGCCAGAUCCUGGGCAAAAUGCACGAUGAGGAUGUCAUCCAUGGAGACCUGACCACCUCCAACAUGCUGCUGAGACGCAGCCAGGGGGACGAAGAGUCCGACCUGGUCCUCAUUGAUUUCGGCUUGAGUUAUAUCUCUGCUCUGCCGGAGGAUAAGGGGGUGGACUUGUACGUGUUGGAGAAGGCUUUCCUCAGUACCCACCCCAACACAGAGACUCUGUUUCAGAAGCUACUGAAGAGCUACACAGCAUCAUCCAAGAAGUCAUCAGCCGUCAUUAAAAAGCUUGACGAGGUUCGGUUGAGAGGCAGGAAGAGGUCCAUGAUGGGAUGAUGAUCCAAGCUGUGUACAGGGACAAGCCUCCCUGGAAACUAUGUGUCUGAAAACAUGCUGAAAUUCUAAAGCUGUUGUUGUGCACAAAGACAGUUGUAUUUGAAGGAAAAAAAUAAAUAAAAUGUUUUGGAGUAAAA